AUGCCUGAGACACGAGGUGAAUCCAGAAGAAGGGCCUCCACUGCCGAAGCCAACGAACAUCCUACUCGCAAUGGUGCGUCCGUCGAGCCCUCUCAUAGCCCCGUAGCAAUAAGGCUUUUCAGGAGAUUCAAAUGGCCCGAAAAAAAAACAAUCAACCACUUGAGGAUGAAGUGGAAGAAAUUGACAUACGAAACGGUUCAUGAUCAAGAAGACCCCGAAAGCAGCCAAACCUUUCACAUCAACCCUCAAGAUCUACAGACCAAGUGCAAAUAUCAAACUACACUUCAAAACGUCGAUGAAGAAACUGACAUGAUAGACGGGAAUCCGCCCACUCAGGAAGAGGAAGAAGCGCUCCGCAUUUUGAAGCAGUGGACUUCCAAUGAUCCCUUUGGCGACGAAGUUGAAGAGAAUCACGGGCAUAUAUUGCGAGGUUCCGGGGCUGGUCCUUCUAUCGAAUGCGAUUUUCAGCCACAAAUCACCAAUCAGGACUCUCAAAUCACUUCGACUCAUCUUCCCACUGGCGCUGGCGUCACGAGGAAGACUAAUUCGCGUCAGGCAGGUCCGACUCGAACCGAACGCGCUGGAUUUCUUCACCCUGCGUCUGAGGCAAGCUCUGAAGAAGAAAGGGACAGUCUUGGACCCAUCUUAGAUCGCCGCCUCCGGCCACGAGUUACUCGUCGUGCAUCGAAUUCAGAUCAGAAUUCCACCUCCGGGACGGCAGGUCCAUCUCAGAAGCAGAAAGCAAGCUCGAUAUUACCUCCGCACAAACACACCAGGAGUUCCGGGUCCGAUGAUGAUGAUGACGACAUUCCAAUCAUGAAACUUCGAAUUAGUCCUCGAAAAAAAAAAUCUGCACUCACCCACAAGUCUUCUGAGGAUGAUAGCGAUUCCGACAGGCCAGUUCUCCCAAAGAAAUCCAAUCGACGUGGCAGCCAUCGCCGGGGUUCCGACAUCGUUCGAAGGGGCUCUCGCGGAGGUUCACUCGUACAAGGGCGUGGAGGACCUUCCAAGAGCCUACGCGUGAAGAUCACACCAAAGUCAGGGAAUCCCUUGCAACUUCGAGUUCCUGCCACCAAACCCCAAAAGACUUCCGUGAAUUCGAGUCACCCAAAUCUCCGCCGACGACAGAACGAGAAUUUAGACUCAGAUGACGGAAAUGGUGUUGAUGACUUACAGGACGAUGACUGGGCGCCUGGUAGAGACGAAAAUGAUGAUGAUGAUGAGGAGAUGGAGGAAGUGUCGAACCCUCGAACUUCAUCAAAGUCCAAAGGGAAAGCACGGGCGGUUAACCAGGAUUCUAUUUCCGACAUGGAGCAAGAACUUGAAGAAGGUGAAGCUGAAAUUCUUGGUGCUUGGAAUGAGAGAGAUCUCCUGGGUGAUGAUUCCUCCCGAACUCAGCGAGCAACAACAACUGCACCAGGCCCCUCAGGAUCUUCCGAUGAUGUGGCACUUUCCGCAAUCAGAAAUGAGUUGCGAAGUAUGAAAAAACACGUGUUUUCUUUGAACAACAUCUCCUCUUCCAACACGCAAGAUAUACGUCGUUUGACCUCCGAAUUCAGUUCCAUGAAUGAUCUCUUGAAACACUAUGUGGGCCGUCAAAGUGGCACAUCCAGAUCAACUCCCAGGAAUUUGUCAAGCUCCAGACAAAAUAGCGAUGGCGAAGAAAGUACCGGUGGAACUCCAUCACCCAGAUCUUCUCCACAGAGAAUGUAUAUCCGCAAGCUUAUUCGAUUUCUCCUCGGCUUGAAACCAGAAAACAAAAUACCUCUAAAUGGUGCUACACCCGCUGAAAGGCGUUUGUGGAGGACAGAAACCACAAUUUACGGCUUACUUGAGGCAGGACCCGCCGAUGAGGAAGAUGCCGAUGAGGGAGUCUAUGGGAGUGGACUGGUAGUGACAGAUGAGAGUCCCAAUUCCGUCAAAAUCAUCCAAAACACUUUGUCACAAGCCGGUGUCAAGAGAUUUCGACCGGAAUGGGAGCAGCCUAUGAAUUCAGAUGACAAUGCACAUCUCUGCAAAGUUGCAACUGCCAUCUUUCUCAAACUAGUUCGAUCAGGCGAGUAUUCUGGUGUAUCGAAGUCCGUCGCCGAAGCCAAUACAAUAUACCCCAUGAUCGUGAACCAUAUGAAUGAUACCUGGCGUCGAAAAUAUCGCAAACACCGAACUUGGUCUCAAAAUCGACAGCAAGAAACAUAUAGAGCAAAAAUGCAAUAUAACCGAAUCAGCAACGUCCGAGAAGGACGAAGCAACUACGUUAUGGCCCGUGAAAAUCUCUGGACCCUCACUGCAGUUGUCCAGGUCUGCUGCAGUGAUGAUGAAACAGAUCCGGAGGCCGACGAGGAUGCGGAAAGGAAGCUUUGCAAGAUUCGAAGAUUACCUUGGCGAAACCCUCAGCUUGAUAAAAUAUUUGACGAUAUAGAUGCCGCCCGAGAAAGGAAGAAUCCAGUCAAGGGUUCCCCCGGUAACCAGCCCAGAAUUCGGCAGCGCGAUUCCAAUAAUCCAAUCAGCAAAAAGCAGGCACCGAAGCGGCUCUGUAUUGAUUGCUAUUGUCCAACAUGGCUGGAUGCAGUUCCUGGUCGGCGUGAAGCACUGGAAGUUGUUGAGCAACGUAUCCUGGGCACGGUCAAAAAGAAUCUAGCGGCGCACAUCUCACUUGAGCGCUGA